AUGGAUCAUCUAAAUCCGCCUCUAUCACAAGGUGUUGGCUAUGCCAUUGUGGUGGGCCUUGGAGCUGUCUUUGCGAUUGGAAUGGUGAUGACUACCUAUAUCUUGAGGAGGUACCAGAGGGAAGUCAUCACUGCGGAAGAAUUUGCUACGGCAGGAAGAACAGUAAAGACAGGGCUCAUUGCGUCGGCAGUUGUGAGCAGUUGGACAUGGGCAGCCACGCUACUGCAGUCAACUACCAUGGCAUACAAGGUAGGGGUCAGCGGGCCGUUUUAUUACGCUGCUGGCGCAUGCGUACAGAUCAUUUUGUUCUCCACGCUUGCAAUCAAAUGUAAGCAGCGGGCACCGAAUGCACACACAUUCCUGGAGAUUAUCAAGGCACGGUACGGACGUAAGGCACACAUAUUGCACAUGUGCUAUGCAUUGGUGACAAACGUUUUAGUCACAACUAUGCUCUUAACCGGAGGGUCCGCGGUGGUCUCCGAGCUGACUGGUAUGCAUACAGCCGCAGCGUGUUUCCUACUGCCAGUUGGGGUGAUAAUCUACACUUUGUUUGGCGGGAUAAAAGCAACUUUCCUCACUGAUUAUGUGCACACUGUGAUCAUUGUCGGCAUCAUCCUGACGUUCACUUUUUCGGUGUAUCGCACCAGUGACAUGCUUGGCUCGGCGUCAAAAGUCUACGAUUUACUUCGGGAGGCGGCAAGACAGCAUCCUGUAAAGGGCAACCGGAAUGGCGAGUACUUGACAAUGAAGUCUGAGUCUGGGGGCAUUUUCUUUGUUGUCUCACUUGUCGGUAACUUUGGGACUGUUCUUCUGGAUAACGGGUAUUUCACCAAGGCCUUCUCAUCUUCGCCAGCUGCGGCACUGCCGGGGUAUGUAGUUGGGGGUAUCGUAUGGUUCGCAAUACCCUGCCUCGUCGCUACAUCGCUAGGGCUUGCUUGCCUGGCGUUGGAGCUUCUGCCAUCCUUCCCCAAUUACCCAUCACGGCUUUCACAAGAGCAAGUGGAUGCCGGGCUUGUUCUCCCAGUCGCAGCAUUCAACUUGCUAGGCAAGGGCGGCGCUAUGGCUGCGCUGCUAAUGGUAUUUAUGGCAGUUACGUCUGCUAUGUCUGCAGAGCUGAUUGCAGUCUCGACCAUUUUCACCUAUGAUAUCUACCGCGGAUAUGUGAAUCCUGACGCCCCAGGCAAAAGACUAAUUGUGACCUCGCAUGCUGCCUGUGUGGUGUUCGGAGUCGCGAUGAGUGCGGUCUCAGUGGGUCUAUACUAUGCCGGCAUAUCCUUGGGAUAUCUAUAUGAAGUCAUGGGUAUCAUCAUAUCAUCCGCCGUUAUACCAUCAGCUCUAACUUUAUUCUGGUCCAAGCAAAAUAUUUACGCUGUAACCAUCGCACCACUUGUGGGUACAACGUUAGCUGUAACCUCAUGGCUUGUGUGCGCCAAGGUGCUGUACGGCAGUAUCACGGUUGAAAAUACCUACAAGGACUAUCCUAUGCUGACAGGAAACCUUGUGGCAUUACUGUCGCCAGCGUUGUUGAUUCCAUUGUUAACAUAUUCACUUGGCGCGGAUAGUUACGAUUGGAUCGCUAUGAAGACAGAUAUAUUGCGAGUUGAUGAGACGGAUGAGCUGCUGGAUGCCGACAAGGGGCUAGCCAUGGUUGUCACCAGGGAAUUGUUUGAGUCGUCUAGCGUACCCAGUGCCAUAGAGAAAGAAGAAAUCAACCAUACUACGGAGCCAAAUCUGCAGCGUGAAAUGACUAAUGGACUGGAGGAAGAGCGCAUUUUGAAAAGGGCGUCAAGACUGGCCACUAUUCUGUGUGCGAUUUUCAUCCUCUCGUUUUUGGUCCUGUGGCCAGUGCCCAUGUAUGGUACUGGGUAUAUAUUCUCAAAGGGCUUCUUCACCGGGUGGGUGUCAGUUUUGACCUUGUGGCUGUUUUGUACAGGCUUUGCCGUCUGCAUAUACCCGCUUUGGGAGGGCCGGCACGGCUUAUUUACUACCGUCCGUGGUAUUUAUUGGGACUGUACGGGCCAAAAAGCCAAACUGCGGGACUGGCAAUGCUCCCAAAUAUAA